GUACGCGAAUAAUUAUCGCGCGAAAUUUUCCAACGUCCGAAACGUCACUUGAUACGAUGAUGAAGCUGAGAGAGUACGCACGAGGGGUCUGCAGAAUGAUCGGUCAUUGGUGGAUCGUUUUCCCGUUGAUCAUCGUCGCGUGCAAGACAUUCGAGAUUCAGUGCCCGGAACGAUCGUGUAGCUGCCAUCCGAGUCACAAUCGCGACACCGAGAUACACUGUCGGACGGGGAACGAUUCGGCCUUCAUCGUGAAUGUCCAACCGUACAAAUAUAUCCAGAUACAAUGUCGCAACUCUCCGCAAUGGUCGGAUUUUCAAGUGACCGACUUGUUCCCUGUCCACGACAUGGAAUCCAUUUUCUUUCGAAUGUGCGAAUUGCCUACAGCCAUGAGCUUAGGCCAAAUUGUACAGACACUUGGCGCGAAGAAUGUUCAAAGGCUAAUAUUUCAAUACUUCGGUGAUUUGGACACGAACCUGACCAGAAAACACCUCGAAGGAUUUCCAAAGCUGCAACGAUUGAUUCUGUCGUCCAACAACAUAAAAAAUCUCACCGACGAUAUAUUCGCGGACAUACCGGAGCUCACGUGGCUCGAUUUGCGGGAGAACGAUGUACAUCUACCCCCGGGAAUCUUUAACAAUACGGUGAAACUGGAAGUUCUCGAAUUAGGCCGGAAUAUGAUGAGGAACAUCGAGCCGGAAGUAUUCGACGGAUUGACAAAAUUACAGCUACUCAACUUAUGGCAGAACAAAUUCACGGAGAUUAAGUCAGGCACAUUUGACAAGCUCGUUUCGCUGCGAUCCUUGGAUCUCAACUCAAACGACCUCAUCACUUUGUCUAAGGAUGUCUUCGUGAAGCUAGAGAACCUAGAAGUUCUGAACCUAUUCGGGAACAAUUUCACGUCUUUGCCAGAGGGCCUAUUUCAGCAUAACAGAAAAUUAAGAACUGUGGUUAUGUACGCGAACAAAAAGAAUAUGACGACCUUUCCCGAGAGAUUAUUCGCAAACCUGACGGAGCUGAAAACAGUACAGCUGCGAAGCAACGGUCUAAUUACUCUUCCGGAAAACCUGUUUUGGGGCUCUACCGCCUUGAACAAUAUUAGUUUGGAGAGGAAUUAUCUUACGUCCCUUCCUCAGGAUAUAUUCAAAGGAUUGGAUAAUUUGUACAUGUUAGAACUCGGAUGCAACGAACUUACAUCGUUGCCUGAUAUGAUAUUUUCGGACGCCAGGAAAUUAGUUAAGCUAGAUUUAUCGAAAAAUCACAUUACUUCAAUAUCCAGACAUUUAUUUGAAAGUUUGGAAUCACUGGAGAUAUUAAACAUGAAAGAGAAUCAGUUGCGAAUAAUAGAAGAUACAAGUUUUAAUUCUUUAAGAUAUCUGAAAGUUGCAAUAUUUUCUGAGAAUCAGCUUUCAUUUAAUAAUUCAUUAUCUAUGUACCAAGACGAAUAUGGAAAGAAAUCACCUUUUCAUAGUUGCAACUUUCUAGAAGAACUGUAUCUCGAUAAGAAUAAUAUUUCGGAAAUAUUUAGUGAUUGGAUUAUAAGCAACUUGAAUCUAAGAAUAUUGGAUCUCAAGUACAACCAAAUACCUAACAUCUCGACUGAAGAUCUGCAAUUUAUAUCCAAUAAUAUUGAAGUGGACCUAAGACAUAAUAAUAUAUCACAUAUUUACCUAAAUAAUGCUGAAAAUGUAGCAAGUUUACAAACUCUCCCACGUGAUGUAAUAAUACUAGUGGAAAAUAAUCCAAUAGCUUGUGACUGUGAUUUGUAUGACUUUCUUCGUUACUUGGAAGGCAAAAUGCAUCCCUAUGUGCAAAACUAUUUUCACAUAAAACCAGGUAGCUUAUCAUGCCAAAGUCCAGAAUGGAUAACAAAUAUACUUGUAUCAGACUUAAAGUCUAAAUCCUUAAAGUGUGAAAUACUGCAUCAUUGUCCAACAAGUUGUACAUGUUGGGUGAAACCACAUGACAGAAGUUUCUUAAUCGAUUGUUCCUAUAAGAAUUUAAUAAGUGUGCCACACAAUAUUCAGAUUCCACCACAUUAUAAACUUGAAUUAAAUUUAACGGGUAAUAAGUUGACUAAACUGAUGCCUUUGGCAGACAUUGGCCUGAACAAUGUUUCAAUAUCAAAACUGUAUUUGUCAGACACUAAUAUCUCAAGUGUAUCUUUAGAUGCAUUACCAUUGGCUAUUGAGGUUUUAGAGUUACAUAACAAUAACAUUAGCAAAAUGGAUUCUGAUGUUUUAUAUUUCAUGAGAAACUCUACCAAAUUGAAGAGUCUGACGUUACACGGGAAUCCAUGGGUAUGCGAUUGCGAUGCCAGAGACUUUCUAAAUUUUAUCCAGACGAAAGUUGGAAAAAUUUCGGAAUCCUUGCACAUUACAUGUAAGGAUAUAAACACUCCAAUGUUGAAAAUGACAGCAACAGACUUUUGUCCUGCAGACACCAUAAUGAUCGUAGGAAUUAGUCUAGCUAUAGCGUUCACUGGACUGAUAAUCGGUAUGUUAGCGGCAUUGUACUACCGAUACCAACGAGAGAUUAAAGUUUGGUUAUACGCGCAUCAGUUGUGCUUGUGGUUUGUUACCGAAGAUGAAUUAGAUAAAGAUAAGUUGUACGACGCGUUUAUAAGUUACUCGCAUAAAGAUGAAGAUUUCGUUGUAAACGAGUUAGUGUCUGUGUUAGAAAGUGGUGCUAGACCGUUUAAACUGUGCCUACACUUUCGGGACUGGUUAGCAGGAGAAUGGAUACCAACUCAAAUUGCUCGUUCUGUUGAAGAUUCAAAAAGAACAAUAGUCGUGUUGUCACCGAAUUUCUUAGAAAGUGUUUGGGGACGAAUGGAAUUCAGAGCUGCCCACAGUCAAGCCCUCAGUGAAGGCCGAGCAAGAGUAAUUUUAAUCUUGUACGGUGAAAUCGGUCCUACCGAUGAUUUGGAUCCAGAACUUAAAGCUUAUUUAAGCAUGAACACGUAUGUGAAAUGGGGCGAUCCUUGGUUCUGGGAUAAAUUGCGAUACGCGCUACCGCAUCCACCAGAAUUAACGAAAAACACAAUUAGAAAAAAGAUUUUUGAAAGACAUCAACCAAGUAUACAAAUUAAUGGUGAUAAAAAAGAACUCAUUUAUCCAAUUGGUGUGCCAGAAACGCCACCUGCUGCAAGUACCCCUCCAGCAGAUACCAUUAAAGUAUUUAUAUGUGAUGAGGGAAACGGAGUUAAAAAAGACAGUUCUGCGAAUUUAAAUGUAUCCAAUAGUAAUACCAAAGUUACCUUCUCGCCUGAACAAUUGAUAAAGAAUAAUUUAAUUAACAAAGUACAAUGUACCACUGUAUAAUAAG